AUCAAGAACGCAUGACAACACGACCUGGCGUGGGGCGAUACAAAGCGUCCAAAUACGAUAUUUGGGCCCUCGGAAUCACGAUCGUCAUUGGGGGUCAGUACUUUUCGUGGAACGCUGGGCUGGCCGCGGGGGUGUGGAGCACGCUUGUGUCCAUCGUGGUGACAGGCACCAGUUACGUGUGCCUUGUGCUCUGUCUUGCCGAAACAGUGAGUGGGCUGCCGUUUUCAGGUGGCGCGUUUGGCCUCAGUCGGUGUUCGCUGGGGUUUUAUGGGGGGUAUGUGGUCGGUUGUUGUGAAUGCCUCCAGUACAUCGUCUACACCGCAUCGUCCGUGCUCGUGCUCGGCAACAUGAUCUUGGAGCUCAUGGACCCCCUGCCCCACUUGGUGUGGUUCGCGCGCCCCCUCGCGUGGCUGUCCAUCUACGGUGUGGCCCUCGGCUUGCAAAACUGGGGCCAGCGAUGUUUUUGGCAGUGCAAUGUCGUGCUGGCGUUUCUGUCGUUGGGCAUUCUGCUGGUAUACAUUCUUGGCUCGCUUCCCCACGUCAGCUACGAAAAGUACGGCGGGGGGCCGACGCACUACUUUAAAGGAGGCAUGCAAGCGUUCAUGGAGAACUUCCCGCUGUCUGCGUGGUUUUUUGUUGGGAUCGAGGCUCUCAACGCAGUUGCCAACAUGGUCGACGCGCCCAAAACCAUCAUCCCAUCAGGCCAAACGGCGUGCGUGAUCACGUUAGCCGCCACCGCCGUCGGUGUGUACUUUGUGGCUAUAUGUAUGCCCCCGGGCGUCGACACCACGGAAGUGGACCUCGUUGUGAUUCGUGGAGGCAUCAUGGCAUCGUUCGGCGCAGGCCCUUAUGUGGCCACCGCGUUGUCCCUACCAGCCACGUUUGCAACCAUCUACGGCUUCAUUUUUCUGUACUCGACCGUGCUGGCGUCGAUGGCGGCGUCGAAACUCAUGCCCACUCGGUUAGGGUACCAGCACCCGGUGCACAAGACCCACCCCGUGGCGGCGGUGGCUGGCUCGGCCGUCAGCUUUGUGCUGUGCAUCGUGGGCCAGUACUGGACCACGCUGCACCUGUUCAACAUUUGCAUGGUGUUUGGGUUUUCGGCCAACAUGGCGCAGCUGUGGAAUUACGUGUACAUGCGUAGAAAUUUCAAUCACUUGACGCGGUCGUUUCAAAGUCCGGUGGGGCUGGCCGGCGCCGCCUUUUCCAUGGUCGUGUCGGGGCUGCAGCUCGUGGCGCUCUUGGUGUUUCAACCGUUUGACGGCAUCACCCCCUCCGUGGUGGCCGUGACGCUCUUGGUCCUCACGUGCGUGUACGUUUACUCUGUCCGCGACAGCCAAACCAUCUCUCGAGACGAACACCGAGUGUUGUUUUUCGCUCACAUUUCCAAAAGUAACUAUACCAAGCGGGAGAUAACCAAGCGACGAACGUCCCUGGAAACUUCUGCAAAGCGCAACUCCGCACCUGCCGACAGCAAAGAGAGCACGACGACGCGAGGACCCCCGUCGAUAAUGUCGAUGCAGACAUCGGAUUCGUUGCUGAUCAACUUUACAAGGCGCGACCUUAUGCACAGCUGGAAAAAGAUUGCGCCCACCCCCGACAGUCCACUCCAAUAUGGCCAGCCAUCGUCUCCCACCACGGACGAUGUAGUCGACGCCGUUCCGUCGACGAGCCCCACAAAACACUCGUAAUAAAUACUUUCAGAUG